GUCUUUGGCAAGCUAAGCAAGCAAUUUCUUUUGUUUUCCUCUCCUCUGUUUCUGUCCCUUCCAAGAACACAGAUACAUAAAAAUGAGUGGUUUCGGUUUUAGAAGGCUUACAUUUAUGGUGUUCGUUGCAUUCCUUGUUUGGUCGUCGAGUAUGGUGACCUGCAAUGCCAGGAGAGGUAGGCAUUGGAGGCAAAACAGGCAUACUUGGCCGUCACUUGCCCAGAAGAAAGGGAAAAUGUUUGGUAGCAGCCAUCACCACCAGAAAGGAGGGUCGAAGUCAAAAACUCAUCCUCCUCCUCGUAAAGCCCUGCCACCUCCUCCGGCUCCUAAGCCAAGAGAAAAGACCCCACCCAGCCCAGCAUCACCACCACAGAAAGGUUAUGGCGGCCAGCCAUCUGCUGUCUUCAAUGUGUUGGAUUUUGGGGCCAAAGGUGAUGGUAACACUGAUGAUACCAAGGUAAUGUCCGAUUCUCAUUUCUUCUCAAGAAAAUUUUCAAUGCUGCUUAGUAAUUCAUUGUUGCCAGACCAAUGCUACAAAAGUCCUCAACUUUAACGCACUAAUCAAGUGAUCAAAAUGAAUGAUAAUGUAGUAUAUCACAGAAUUUUCAAUAAGACAAUGAUUUGGCCUAAUGGUUAAGGAACAGAUAAAUAUUCUAUAAGAAU